UAUAAAUAAAUUUAAAUUCGAUCAGCACUUGUACAUGUUACAUAUGUGCGUUCAAGACGCAACUUUUUUACACCGAAAUGUAUUCAAUUAUAUAUGAUGAAUAAUUUGUUAUAUUAACUAAUUAUUGAUAUAAAUAAUAUAGAUUUGGGCAAAAGUUUAUUAAGUGUUAUUUUUUAAAUUAAUAACCCACAGUAAAACAACAAGAGCAAAGUGAAAAUUUAUAAAUAUACAUGUUAACAUGACUCCAAGUUAUUUUUGCUUACGUUACGUACUUUUGAGUUGCUUUAUUUUGCUCGGAAUUUUAGGUUUAAUAAUUUGUACAAUAAGUAGUUUUUUUAUUUAUCAACUACACGAUCAUAAUUAUCUCACUUCUAGUAAUGACACUUUACUACUUGAUUAUGUUAAAGGAUCAUCAUCAUCUGCAAUUAUAUUAAUUAUUAUAGGAAUAAUAAUAUUUGCAUUUUCUAUAUAUUUUUGGUAUAUUAUUGACUAUAAAUAUAAUUUUCGACAAAUAAUGACGUUUUUGUCAACUAUUAUAUUAAUCUUUAUUAUAAAAGUUACCACUGGUAUAUGGGUACUGAUAAUACAUGAAAAAUUGGGCACGUUAUUAUUAACGGGUUUAAAAAAAACAUUGGCAGUACCUAAAUUUAGUAUAAAACAAAGUUUUCUACAGUCAUCAUUAUUUAAUAAUAAUCCAGAUAAAAUAAAGUUAAUUUGUUGUGGAUAUAAUGAAACGUCAACAUCGGAAUUGGAAGAAUUAACUUCUUGGUUUUGUUGUAAUUUUAAAAGACUAAAUAAUGAAUCAAGAAGUAUAUGCGAAUAUAUAUAUGGAAAAGAAUGCUGGCAUUUAGCAAUACAUUCGAUCCGUUCAAUACUUUUUCAUAUUUUUUUAUUAAUCCUUUGUACAGUUAUUAUACAGAUUUUAAUUAUUACAAGUAUAAUUUGUUGCAUUAAAAUUAUCAAGAAAAUACAUGAAUCAAAACGAAUUGAAUGUAAUAUGCAAAAACCUUCAGCUCCACUUACAGAUACUUAUAUUACAAAUUAGUGCUAAAUCAAACGAUAUAUUAUUUUAAUAUAAAUACUAUUAUUUUUUAUUUAUACUAUCUUUAUAGUUAAAUUUUUUUUAAAUUCAUUAAAUCUCAGUAAUAUAAACUUUAUUUUAAAUCUUAUUCAUCUUAUCGCUGAUGGUGCUUUUGGUAUUACGAUGAUGUCAUUACAUGUUUUUUGUUAUCUGGUUUUAUGAAUCACAUAAUUUUGGUAAUCUAUAAAAAAUAAUCUCAUCUAAAACGUAGAAUUAUUACUCAUGAGAUGAUCAAUAUACAGAUAACACAACAAUAAAAACUAAAGCAACAAUAUAAUAUAUACACGCAAUAAUUACAAGAUGAUGAUAAUAAUAGUAAAGAAAAUUAGCAUGGUAAAAUAUAUAAAUAGUAAAGGGGGGAUAGGGAAUUUCCAAAGUUAAUAUAUGUAUAUUUAUAUGAAGAAUUGAAUAAUGUAAAUAACAAUAAAGUAAAUAUGAGAUAUUUUUUGCCAUUAAAAAGUAUUGUGCGGCAUAUAAUAUAUAUAC